GAUUGACGCGCGUUUGCCGCCUUUAACCCGACCUCGCCAUGUCCGGGGAACUGGAGAUCAUGGAGUCGCAGGUGAUGUGGGAACCGGACUCCAAACGGAACACCCAUAUGGAUCAGUUCCGGGCAGCCGUAGCGGAUGCUUAUGGGAUCCGCCUGGCCAACUAUAAUGAAUUGUACCAUUGGUCGGUAGAGCAUUAUUCGGAUUUUUGGGAAGAAUUUUGGAAGUUCAGUGGCAUCGUUUUCUCCCGCCUGUAUGAUGAGGUGGUCGAUCCGUCGAAGGGUGUUGCGGACGUCCCGGAGUGGUUUAAAGGCAGCCGGCUGAACUAUGCGGAGAAUCUCUUGAAGCACACAGAGAACGAUAAGAUCGCCCUCUAUGCGGCACAGGAAGGGAAGGAAGAGAUCGUGAAGGUGACGUUUGAGGAGCUCCGGCAGCAGGUGGCUCUGUACGCCGCGGCCUUGCGGAAGAUGGGUGUGCAGACGGGGGACCGUGUUGUCGGUUAUUUGCCGAAUGGCAUCCACGCCGUGGAAGCCAUGCUGGCGGCCGCCAGCAUCGGGGCAAUUUGGAGCGCGACGUCGCCCGACUUCGGCGUCAAUGGUGUGCUGGACCGGUUCUCUCAGAUACAGCCCAAGGUGAUCUUUUCCGUGGAAGCGGUCGUCUACAACGGAAAAAAGCAUAACCACCUGGAAAAGCUUCAAAAUGUUGUAAAGGGAUUGCCGGAUCUUAAAAAAGUUGUCGUCAUUCCGUACGUUUCCUCGAGAGAAUCCAUAGAUCUUUCCAAAAUACCAAAUAGCGUCUUUCUAGAAGACUUCCUCGCUACGGGGAAAGGAGACCAAGCCCCCCAGCUGGAGUUUGAGCAGCUUCCCUUCAGCCAUCCUCUUUUUAUCAUGUAUUCCUCCGGCACAACGGGCGCCCCCAAAUGCAUGGUCCACUCGGCGGGGGGGACGUUAAUUCAGCAUCUGAAGGAACACAUCUUGCACGGGAACAUGAGUAGCAGCGACAACAUCAUGUACUACACAACGACUGGUUGGAUGAUGUGGAAUUGGCUGGUGUCGGCUCUCGCCGUCGGCGCCUCGGUGGUUCUGUACGACGGGUCGCCUCUCGUGCCGUCCCCCAACGUCCUGUGGGAUUUGGUGGACAGACUGGGAAUCACCAUUUUGGGAACAGGUGCUAAAUGGCUCGCCGUCCUGGAGGAGAAGAACCUUAAACCAUGUGAGACUCACAACCUUCAGACGCUCCAUACGAUCCUGUCCACUGGCUCACCCCUCAAGCCACAAAGUUAUGACUACGUCUACAAGCACAUCAAGAGCAGCAUCCUGCUCGGGUCCAUUUCAGGAGGCACAGAUAUCGUUUCCUGCUUCAUGGGCCAGAAUGUGUCCAUUCCGGUUUAUAAAGGCGAGAUCCAGGCGCGGAAUCUCGGCAUGGCGGUGGAAGCCUGGAACGAUGAAGGGAAGCCAGUUUGGGGGGAGAGUGGAGAGCUGGUUUGCACCAAACCCAUGCCCUGCCAGCCAACACACUUCUGGAAUGACGAGAAUGGAAGCAAGUACCGGAAGGCGUAUUUUUCAAAGUUUCCAGGCAUUUGGGCUCACGGUGAUUACUGCAGGAUCAACCCCAACACAGGAGGCAUCGUCAUGCUUGGGCGCAGUGACGGCACGCUGAAUCCGAGCGGCGUGAGGUUUGGGAGUUCUGAGAUCUAUAACAUAGUGGAAGCGUUUGAGGAGGUUUCCGACAGCCUCUGCGUCCCUCAGUACGACAAAGACGGCGAAGAGAGGGUGAUCCUUUUCCUCAAAAUGGCCACCAACCAAGAGUUCAGUCUGGAUUUGGUGAGGCGGAUUAGGGAAGCGAUUCGGCUGGCCCUCUCCGCCCGGCACGUCCCCAGCCUCAUUCUGGAAACCGAAGGCAUCCCGUACACGAUCAACGGGAAGAAGGUGGAGGUGGCCGUCAAGCAGAUCAUCGCUGGGAAGGAAGUGGCCCAGCGAGGCAUUUUCUCCAACCCGGAGACCCUGGACUUCUACCGAAACAUCCCGGAGCUCCAGAACUUCUGAAGGAAGCUGCCUUUUCCCACCUUUCAGCGUCGGUGUGCGUGCGUGCGUCUGCGUGUCUGGUUUUGUACCGUGUAUAUAAUAUGUAUAUGGAUACUGUAUGUAAAAGAAGCUUUUAUUUAAGUAACAGUGGCUUCUUUGGGAAAAGGAGAAAGACUGUUAUUU